AUGGGCCUGACGGACCUAGAAAUGAUACCCGAAACGGGUGCGGUAUUUACAGUCGGUCGCAGCAGAUUUGCAGACAACGUUGCCUCGCAUUUUUUCAUACGCAAAGAUCCAGUGAUCUCCGUUACCUGUGGAGACGAACAUUCUGCAGUGAUUUGUCAAACUGGCAGGCUGUUCGUCUUUGGAAGCAAUGAUUGGGGUCAACUUGGUCUCGGUCAUAGAAAUCACGUUAACAAACCGUCCUGUGUUAAAGCUCUGAAGCCGGAAAAGGUCACACACGUCGCAUGUGGGCGAGCACACACGCUAAUUUGCACAGGGGCACAGAAGAUUUUUGCCUGCGGCAGCGAUCAGGAAGGACAACUGGGUCGAGGAACUUCCGCGAUUGGUGACUUCACGAGUUCCCCCGUGUUGGUGUACGAUUCAGGAGUAGCCGGACCAAGGAUAGUACAAAUUGCUGCUGGUUCUCAUCAUUCACUCGCUCUUACUAACGACGGUGGAGUUUUUUCUUGGGGCAGCAACCUCGAAGGACAGUUGGGACUUACUGAUGUAUCAGGCUUGGUGAACAAGCCAACGAAAAUACACGUUCCUGAACCAGUGAAACAGAUUAGUGCUGGUUAUUACCAUUCGACAUUUCUAACAGAAAGUGGGCUAGUUUAUGUCUGCGGCGAGACAGAAAGUGGGAAAUUGGGGAUCGAUGUUAGCUUUUCUACCCAAGUUGCGCCGAAACAGAUGCAAUUACCAACUUCCGCUAUGCUUGUAGCAAGUGGUGGUCAUCAUACUGUCAUUUUAGCUGCGAAUGGAAAUUUGUACUGCACCGGAAGUAAUUCAAGUGGUCAACUUGGUCUUGGAACAAAUGCUACAGAACUUCACACACCUAAACUUCUUCCACGCGGUGCACUGCAAAAUGAAAAGAUUACUCGAAUUUCUUGCGGAGAAAGUCACACCGCCAUUGUCACUGAAUCAGGGAAACUUUUCACAUGCGGCGACGGAAGACACGGAAAAUUAGGCUUGGAAGAAAACGAGAAUAACGUUCAUGAACUAACAUUCGUUCCGCGAUACAAGGAACUCAUCGUUUUAAACGUUGCGUGCGGUGGCUGGCAUACAAUUCUAGUUGGUCAAAGACGUGAAACGAAACACACACAGAGAGAUAUGGAAAAUGCACAAACGGAACACAUUCAGAAGAGAAAUUCGUUACCACCGCUAAAGACUCACGUAAACAGGCUGCAAAACGAGACUCGCGACGAAAACAUUAACGAGAUAAUCAAAGACCAAAUGAACGAGAAAAACGCAGCAGAAUCAACGAUGAGUGUACAACCAACGUUAGAAACAGUACCAGCAAAUACGAAAGAAAAUCUGAAGAAUAAUAAUGAAAGUAUUGCAAACGACAUUACAGACUCCAUGAACAAUAUCAAGAAGGCCGACAGUCCUGAGAAAAGUCCUGAAAAGAGUCCCGAGAAAAAAACGUCGAAAGAAAUGUCUUCAAAUGCUACAAUGAACGAAAUGAAAACAGAAAAGACGUCUGAAGAAGCACCGGUUACUAAAGAAGAAUCUGAAGAAAGCUCGAAAGCGCAAAACGAAAAUGAAGAAGCAACAAAUGACAAUAAAAAAUCCGAAGUAAAAGUAGAUGCAGAGAAUAACGUUGAAGAAGAGAAGGAAUCUGAAGCAACGAAAAGAGAGCAGAAUAACACAGAGAACAACAACGAAUCUCGAAACGACGUAGAAAAUAACGAAACGAUUAACGAAGAAAACGAUAGUGCAAAAAAUAAUGAUGCAGCAGAUAAUAAGCAAAGUAAGAACGAAGACGUCGAGACGAAAGAGCAAACAGAAUCGAGCAACGGUGAUGGUAUUAAGGAAGAAGCAAGUCCUGAGAAGCAAAUGUCUCCCUCGAGUCCUUCGCCACCCCCGAAACCGCCCAGACUGAAGCCUGGAAGUGGAAAUUCUACUACCGAGAGAACAUCGUCCACGGAAAAGGAAAAUGCAACUGCUAACGUAGAUAACGAGGCAAAGAAUGAAGACACUCUAGAUAAAGAGGCAGAAACGACGGAGAAAAAUGGCUCGGCGAAGAAAGAGUCAGGCUCGAUGAAAUCCGCGACGAAAGGCGGAAGUUCUAAGUCGACGAGAUCGAGAGACGGCACGGUGGAGACGAUAGAAAUCGACAAGGAAAAUGAGAAAGAGAAGAAUAUCGAGGAGGAGAAGACGAAUAACGACAGUGCUCAGAUUGACGGCGACGUUGUGCAGGCACUGCCGCAAAGAAUUGGUAGAAUGUCAAAAAUAUUUAAAAGUAAAAAGCCGCAAACAAUAGAGAACGGUACCAAGACGACUGACAAUUUGAAUCAUAAAUCUAAGUCGAAAACGUGUAGUAUCCUGUGA